ACAAACGCACAGCCAUAUCUCUCCACAAUCUCGCGAUCCAGUGGAGUCACGCACUGCAGUAAAAAUUCUAUUUAAGACUCUAGACAAGGAGAUCGUGUACCAUUGUUCCUUCGUUCUAUCAGUUACCUUAUUGCCCAUUGGAGUAAGGCACAGGCCUGGAAAUCGUGUGCCCAGUCGCAGCAGUUUUGUCAAACCGUGCCUCAACAGCUUCCUGCCAGUGCACUUCUUGGGGUCGCAGUGCUCCAGGUCCCACAUAGCCACGGGGAACGGGAGAUAAUCGAACAAGAUAACUGCACGAUGGAAGAUGUGAUACACACGACAGAGUACGGUUCGCAGUCAAAGAGAGACGACGAUUCUCUGCAUAUCGCUUCAAAAUGUUGGGAACGCGUUAUGGACGCUGCUGUCAAGACCGGCUACAGAGAAGGGAUACAAGACGGAGAGGACUCUGUGCUGCAGGAGGGAUUCGACAUAGGUUACAAAGAUGGUUUUGAGACUGCUUUCGCAUUAGGAAGGUACAAAGGUUUGACUGUCGCUGCAAUGCCUACAUUGGAACAUCCCCCGGACGUGUCCGCUACUCUUGAUAAAACCAGACGCGGUGCGUGUUGGAUAUGCAACAUGGAGUCACAAAAUAAAACCUCAAGUCCGCACGAGAACACUCCAUUUUCAGAGAUUCUGAAUGAACAGAGAGUGCACUCCACAGAAGUGAUAAGCAAGCUACACGAGUACUUCAAGCCAAUCCUAAAGAAGUCGGAUAUCAGUAUUAAUUUGACUCUUUAGAUAUAUUUAAGUAGUAUUUAUAUAAAAUGAAUAAUUAAAUUAGUGAAAGUUCAGUAAUAAUAUUUUUGUAGAUAUAUUGCUGUAAAAAAUUAAUUUCCUAUAGAAAGUUUUUAUUGACACCCGGAUAAUUCCGCGACUCAAUAAUACAGAGAUUAAUUAUUGAUAA